UGUGAGUGUUGUACAUAAGGAUGAGCGUCGUCCUAGUUCUCAAAAGGGUAAGGGGUCAUCCUUGUCCUCAAGGGUAAGAGGCAUGUUUGCCCUCAAGGGUAAGCGUCAUCCUCGUCCUCAAGUCUAGUGUUUAAGUAGAUUUUUUUCUGAACAGUGUAGAAAAAUUUCAUAUUGACAUUUGUUCGAGUUCAGGUCCUCCUCCUGCGAUAAGAAUGUUCCGUUCCUGUAGGUGCUCGAGUUCGGUGGGUCGCGUGACGGGAGCGCAGCAAGUAUCGUUGGGUCCUGGCUGCCUGUACGUGGGUAUUGUCAUGCAUGAGUUCAUGCACGCUGCUGGGUUCUGGCAUGAACAGUCACGCUACGACCGUGAUAACUACAUCACACUAAACAAGUUCAACGUCCAGGACGGCAUGUGGCAUAACUUUGAAAAGUACAACUGGGACAAAAUUCAGAGCCUCGGGAUUCCUUACGACCUCGAGUCAGUGAUGCACUACGGGCCAUACGCCUUCGCCAAGGAGGGUAAACCCACCAUCAUCCCCAGAGACACAGGCAAGGAAAUCGGUCAGAGGAGAGGAUUUUCAAAGUGGGACGUGGCUAAGCUGCAGAAGCUGUACAAUUGUGCCAACACCUCCGUUCACUACGUCACCACCAGCGCUCCCCUCGUAGCAGCUGCUACAGAGGAGUGUGAGGACAACGUCAAACAUUGCCAGAUGUGGGCAGAUAUGGGCGAGUGUGACGCCAACCCUACGUGGAUGUACGUCAGUUGUAGGAAGGCUUGUAGGCAGUGCGGUAAAGAGUGCCAGGACCUUAGCAUUUACUGCAAUAUAUGGAGUGAGAAAGGAGAGUGUACCAACAACCCAGACUACAUGACUCUCCACUGCAAGAAGUCUUGUGGUAUCUGUCAGGAUCACCAAGAUAAUCCUAUAGUGAAACAGUGUGAGGACAAGAACAAGUACUGCAGUUCUUGGAGCCAGAUGGGCCAGUGUCACUCUAACAGUAACUAUAUGCUUGUGUACUGCAAGAAGGCCUGUAAACAAUGCUAGAGCAAACUACGUAUACCUCUUGCUUUGUUUUAGCUUGUCUCUAGGAGCAGAUUCUAGAUUCGAGCUAGUCCGAGGCCUCUGCUACAAACCUUUCUCUGGGAGUUUCACUUAUACAAGUGCCCACUAGUGAAGAUCCUCACUCAGGCACAAGACUCCCAACUCUUCAGUAUAUCUUGUGUCAGUGUUAUACACUUACUGCUGGACCAUUCUUGAACUCUCCGGGACAGAGUAUGCUCCAGCAGUGUUCUGCACCUCCAGCAGUGUUCUACACCUCCAGCAGUGUUCUACACCUCCAGCAGUGUUCUACACCUACUGCUGAACUCACCCCCGUCAUGUUCAGUAUUAUAUAUUAAUUAUGUAGUUUAUUGUGCCAACUGAAAAUAUAAGAAAAGACAGAAAGUGAGUGGGUUAAGAGGACAUAAAUAUAUUACAACCCAGACUUCAGUCAUUGAGAUUUUACAAGAAUUAAUUGUAAUAAAGAACAAUUAAUAUUAUGAUAUAUAUUAAAGACCAUAUCAUCAGUAGUAAUAUUUUCAGAAGUCAAUAUGUAAUAAUGUAAAACUUGGGCAUACACAUGAAGACAAAAUUAAAAAUUAAAGUUAUUUAUUUCGACUUCACACCGAGGUUCUUUUCGGUUAACUAAAAAGGCAGGUUGUAUAAGGUGAAGCUUAUAAUGAAAGGUGACAUGACCCAAGUCAGAUCAAAAGUCUGUUGCAGGAGCAUGUGACCUCACAAGGGUGGGUAUAGCGUCAGGUUUGCACUGGCCUUGCGAGGUGUUGAAAUUAGAUUCAUUGGAGUCAUUGCCAAGGCGGGGAUUUUGCGCCUGUACAUAUAAUUGUCUGUAUAAUGUAAGCAGCUUCCCAGUUAAUGUUAUGGCAAUGAUUCUCAACAUGAUGAACUGAUGAACUCUCUUGUAUAUCCUCUUACACAUCUUCUAUUGUUUUUAUGUUAAACUUUCCUGGUUGUUCAGUGUUGUUAGCAACUGCAGAUAACUAUCAAAUAUAUAAACAAGAACAGGGAACAAAAAGACGAUAUUUGAAGUUUAUAGAAAACAAAAGAAAUCUUCCAGAACUGUAGAAAGAACUUUCUUCAGAUUUUCACCCCCGGAAGUUUAGUAACCCCGGAGAAUUAACAGCCCUAGAGGGUUAACAAUUUCGGAGGUUUAAUAAGGAAGAAUAAGCCACGAAAUACUUAAAAUGUGACCCACAACAGUUGGCUAACUCUUAGGUACCUGUUUACUGCUCGGUAAUCACCUCUUUCGCCUCGCCGGGAAUUAUACCCGGGUAACUUCAGUUAUGAGCUGAACAUACAACGAGAGAGGUGUGAGUCUGGUCUGACAUCAUGAAGAUGUGUGUGUGACUGGUCUGGCAUCAUGGAGACGUGUGUGUGUGUGUGGUCUGACAUCAUGCAGACGUAGUGUGUGUGUCUGGUCUGACAUCAUGGAGACGUGUGUGUCUGAUCUGACAUCAUGCAGACGUGUGAGUCUGGUCUGACAUCAUGCAGACGUGUAUGUGUCUGGUCUGACAUCAUGCAGACGUGUGUGUGUCUGGUCUGACAUCACGCAGACGUGUGAUGGUCUGGUCUGACAUCAUGGAGACGUGUAUGAGUCUGGUCUGACAUCAUGCAGACGUGUGUGUGUCUGGUCUGACAUCACGCAGACGUGUGUGUGUCUGGUCUGACAUCAUGGAGACGUGUAUGAGUCUGGUCUGACAUCAUGCAGACGUGUGUGUGUCUGGUGUGACAUCAUGCAGACGUGUGUGUGUCUGGUCUGACAUCAUGGAGACGUGUGUGAGUCUGGUCUGACAUCAUGGAGACGUGUGUGUGCCUGUUCUGACAUCAUGCAGACAUGUGUGUCUGGUCUGACAUCAUGCAAACAUGUGUGUGUCUGGUCUGACAUCAUACAGACGUGUUUGUCUGGUCUGACA